AUGACAAAAUCAGAAUUACUAGUUCUUGUAAAAUCUGCUCCCGUUCCAAAAACGUACACAAAAGAUAAGCUGUUUUAUGACGCAGGGCAUGAUGUUUUACGCCUGCCACCUUACCACUGCGAUUUGAACCCUAUCGAACUCGUUUGGGGCGAUAUCAAGGGAAGAUUAGGAGAGUGUUUGGCCGAGAGUAUGGCUGCAAAGAAAGAAAUGUGUAUGAGACUUUUUUCUGAAUAUACGCCUGAAAAAUGGAAGAAAUGUUGCGAACAUGUGGAAAAAAUAGAAGAAUUAUAUUGGGAGAGGGAUGCACUAAUGGACGAAAAUGUGGAUAGGAUUAUAAUAUCAUUAAAUGACGAUGAUAGCGAAAGCAGUGAAAGCUCGGAUAAUGAAACCAUUCACAGUUUGCCAAGUGAAGAUGGAAAUAGCGAUUUUGAGGACAUACGAGUGCUCGAUUUCGACAGUUACUAA